GGGUCAGGCUUUCUGCGCUCGUGAACUGCACACAUCAACAAGGAGAUAACCCAUUUCUCUCCGUAGCAGUUGUUUCUAUAAAUACCUUCACUGCUCGCUCUCCACCUGUGAGGUUGCAACGCUGGGUGUGGCAAAUUUAUCUGCUACUUCAUGGUGCAACAAUACAUCUCUUUAUAUUACUUAAAAUAAGUACCAGUAUCCAAAAUGAGUUAUAGACCAGAAUGAAUGUGGGUGUGGCACACAGCGAGGUGAACCCAAAUACUCGGGUCAUGAACAGUCGGGGGAUCUGGUUGACCUAUGCACUCGGUGUUGGCAUACUUCACAUUGUGCUCUUGAGCAUUCCUUUCUUCAGCGUGCCAUUGGUGUGGACUCUCACCAACGUCAUACACAACUUUGGAAUGUAUGUGUUCAUGCAUGCAGUGAAAGGCACGCCCUUUGAGACCCCUGACCAAGGAAAAGCCAGACUUCUUACACACUGGGAACAGCUGGACUACGGCGUUCAGUUCACUUCGUCCAGAAAGUUCUUCACCAUCUCUCCAAUCAUUCUAUACUUCUUGGCAAGUUUCUACACAAAGUACGACACAACACACUUCAUCAUAAACACGGCUUCGCUUUUGAGCGUCUUAAUCCCGAAGCUGCCGCAGCUACACGGAGUGAGACUUUUCGGUAUUAACAAGUAUUGAGUUGUUGUAGAUGCUGCGCCUCUUAGCCGCGGAGGUAAAGUCCUGCGUAGCACCUAACCAAGAAGUUGUACAGUUUGUGUAAAAGUCACUGUUGUUUAGAUAUAUCAGGGUUAAGAUAAGAUGUUUAAAAGAAACCAGGAGUAGGUUUGUAGGUGACAGGAUGCCAUAUGCAUUACUAACUUAUGUGAAUAUUUAAUGAUGUAUUUUUGGCCUGCGCAGACCUGGGCUGGCCCAGGCGUCGUUGAGGCUUUUGUUUGAGUUUAUUUCUGUCUUUCCCUCCAAUUCUCAUGGCAACACAAUUUGUGAGUACAAGUCCGUUUGUAGCCACAAAGAUGUCCCAAAUGUAUUUUUCAAAGAUGUUUACUUAUCGACGGUGAUUCGGGGUCAAUCGGCACGCUCUCAUUUUGUAAUGGGUGUCAAAUGUAUUCAUGCUGAGUGGAAAGUAGAAUCAUUUCCUGUUUUGCAUGAUGUCCUCAGUGUGUGAAUCAUUUCUUAUUUGUAUGUCAAUCAGAAAAGGGCAGGCUUUUUUCAUUGUACAGUUUUUUUUUUGUGUGAGAAUGUUUUGUGUCCUGUAUGUAGAAAUGAGACAAAUAAUUCUUGUCAGAUUAUGUGUUUACUCAGAGAGGUCUGCAGUGUCUGUGAUGAACUUAUAUUCAUGUAGCUGCUCUCUUUAGAUUAUGGCUUUUUUUUUUGUUGCUAUUAUCAAGGCAGCUAGUCCUGCUUUGUUUGGCCAUAGCUCAUAGUACUCAUGAUAUUUCUCGUUCUAAAUCUUAUUAAAAUGUUGGUGCCCUCCGAGUGUUCCAACUCUUUUGCCUGUU